AUGAGUCCCCAUAAGAUUCCCGUGCUCCCUUCGCCCGCCGCACUCCCUUAUUACGGCAUCUCAAAGAACGGCUUCUUGCCUGCCGAGUCACCAUUGACUCGCUUACCGCAUACCUACUAUCAACCAUGGGAAAAGAUCAUUGAGCAAAUCCCAAUACUCGUCGAGACACAACAAAUACGGCAAUGGGUUGACGAGUUGCCGGUUCUAGACACAUCACAUCUUUCUAGUGAGGCGGAAUGGCAGAGAGCUCAUUCAAUGCUGGCCGUCAUAGCUCAAGGUUACAUAUGGGCUGGUCCUGAGCCAUCAGAGCGACUACCUCCAGCCAUCAGUGUACCAUUCCUGCGGACUGCUGAGUACCUUGAGGUGCAUCCGGUGGCCACAUACGCAGCUCUAAAUCUAUGGAAUUGGACACCAUUGAGCGAGAACGCCGACUUGACACAACCGGAAAACAUGGUGGCGUUGCACACAGUGAGUGGUAGUGAUGAUGAAUCGUGGUUCUUCAUCAUAUCAAACGCCAUGGAGGCAAGAGCAGGCCCACUCAUCGAGGCCAUGCUGGGCGCAGUCGAAGCAGUAGAGACCAACGAUGUCACAACAAUCAUACACGCGCUGCAAUACUUCCGACAGGGAAUGCAAAGCAUCGGCCAGCUGCUGGAACGUAUGGAUGAGCGGUGUGACCCACAAAUGUUUUAUCACACCAUUCGACCCUUCUUGGCUGGCAGCAUGAACAUGGCCACUGCCGGUCUGCCCAACGGUGUCUUCUAUGACGAGGGCAAUGGAAACGGCACGUGGCGCGCAUAUCGGGGCGGAUCCAAUGGUCAGUCGUCAUUGCUACAGUUUUUCGACGCGGUUCUUUCAGUCGACCAUUCCCGGAGCGGCGGCUUUCACGCGGAAAUGCGUGGCUACAUGCCUGGACCCCACGCCCGCUUCCUUGACGACGUCGCCGCGAUCGCAAACAUCCGAAGCUAUGUUAACAGUCAUGGAGACAACGUUGAGCUCCUGACAGCAUUCAACGAAGCAGUCGCAGCACUCAGCGGAUUCCGCGACAAGCACAUCGCUCUGGUGACCAGGUACAUUAUCAUACCGAGUCGGAUGGGAAAGCCAACGACUGGCCCUAAAAGAAGAGAUCUCGCUUCCGCCUCGACCGAACUAGCUACCGGGAAGCCAAAAACGCAAGAAUUGGUAGGGACAGGAGGUACUAAGUUGAUACCAUUCCUACGAACUUCGAGAGACGAGACGAGCGAAACGAAAGUCGUGCAUUGA